GUCUGCAGUGACUUUCUGAAUGAUGAAAAUUUGAGCCAUCAAUCUUCAGUCUGUUAGGAAACAGCCGCUUCCCGUUUGCCGCUGAGCUGAAGGUAUAAAUGAGCCCAGGGCCCUCAGCGCUCCUCAUUCUCCUCCUUCACACUUUGGCAUCAGCGUUCGCUCAUCAUGGGGAACUUCGUCGCCAAUGAGGGACUCUCCAUCUUUGUCAUCCUUGUCUGGCUGGGAAUCAACGCCUUCCUGUUCGUCCAUUUCUACAUGGCCUUCCUGGUGGAUCGCUGGUUCUACACCAGGGUGCUGCUCGGGCAAGCGUUGUCAUGGGCGAGAGCUCCUGCUGCCUGCCUCAACUUUAACUGCAUGCUGAUCCUGCUGCCCGUCUGCAGGAACCUGCUGUCCUUGCUCCGAGGCUCCAUCCAGUGCUGUAGCCGGACUGCAGCUCGGCAGCUCGACCGAAACCUGACUUUUCACAAACUAGUGGCCUACAUGAUUGCCUUUCAUACAGCUGUUCACAUUGUCGCGCAUUUGUUCAACUUUGAGUUUUUCAUGAACGCCCAGCUGAAUCGCAACGACAGCCACCUUCCCUUCAUCCUGUCUGAAAUCGGCACCAGAGACAACGCCUCCUUCCUGAACCCCAUAAGGAGCAAUGAGACGAACCCCACCAUCGUCAUGUUCACCACCAUCGCCGGGCUGACGGGCGUGGCCAUCACCUUGGCUCUCAUCCUCAUCAUCACCUCGUCCAUGGAGGUCAUUCGCAGGUCCUACUUUGAGGUGUUCUGGUACACGCAUCAUCUUUUCAUCAUCUUCUUUAUCGGCCUGGUGUUCCAUGGCUACGGACGAAUUGUCCGGGGACAGACUUCGAACAGCCUCCAGACGAACAAUCCCGUCGUCUGCGCCAAAAGAUUCGAGGACUGGGGUAAAAACGAGUCCGGCUGCGCCGUCCCCGUGUUUGCAGGAAACCCACCUGGGACGUGGAAGUGGGUGGUGGGCCCGAUGAUCCUGUACGUCUGCGAGAGGAUCGUCCGCAUCUAUCGUUCCCAUCAGAAAGUGGUCAUCACCAAGGUGGUGAUGCACCCCUCCAAGACCCUGGAGCUGCAGAUGAAGAAGAAGGGCUUUAAAAUGGAGGUGGGACAGUACGUCUUCAUCCAGUGCCCCUCCGUGUCCAGGCUGGAGUGGCACCCCUUCACCCUGACCUCCGCCCCGGAGGAGGACUACUUCAGCGCCCACAUCCGCAUCGUCGGGGACUGGACUCAGGCGCUGUACGAGGCCUGCGGAGGAGAUAAACCAGAGCAGCAGGAGGCCUGGAAAUUGCCCAAGGUUGCCAUAGACGGGCCUUUUGGUACGGCCAGCGAGGACGUGUUCCGCUACGAGGUGGUGAUGCUGGUGGGAGCAGGAAUCGGAGUGACUCCCUUCGCCUCCAUCCUCAAGUCUGUGUGGUACAAACACAUCCAGAACAACCAGGACGUCUUCACCAAGAAGGCGCUUCUGUUGCAGAUCUACUUUUACUGGCUGUGUCCUGAGACUCAGGCCUUCGAAUGGUUCGCCGACCUGCUGCAGUCGCUGGAGCGUCAGAUGGCGGACAAAGACAUGGCCGACUUCCUCAGCUACAACAUCUACCUGACCCGCUGGAAGGAGACGGAGGCGGCUCAUUUCCGCGUCCACCACGAGGCGGAGAACGACCCAAUUACUGGGCUCAAACAGAAGACUCUUUACGGAAAGCCAAACUGGGACAACGAGUUCACCAACAUCGCAUCGAAGCACCCGAGGUCCAAAGUAGGAGUGUUCCUCUGCGGUCCUCCUCAGCUCGGGAAGUCUCUGGAGAAACAGUGCCUCUCUCACUCCGAGGCCGACGUCAAGUUCAUCUUCAACAAGGAGAACUUCUGAAAACCUCCGCCACACCACAGUGUUGCAAACAUGUUG